AUGGAGAGCAAAGAUCAGAAGAAACUUCACAUAGCCAUGUUCCCAUGGCUAGCCUACGGACACCUAAUGCCAUUUCUGGAGGUCUCCAAGUUCUUAGCUCAAAAGGGUCACCAAAUCUCUUUCAUCUCCACCCCCAAAAACAUCAAUCGCCUCCGAUCCUCCUCCUUUUCCCCGCUCAUCAAUUUCGUCGAGCUUCCUCUCCCCGCCGUCGACGGCUUACCGGAAUCCGUUGAGUCCACCUCCGAGCUACCAAUCAACAAAGUCCCUUACCUCAAAAAAGCAUACGACUUGCUCAAGCCUUCAGUCAUGCAUUUCAUCCAACACUCGAGCGUCAACUGGGUCGUCCAUGACAUCAUUUGCUACUGGAUGCCCAGAGUCGCCACUCAGCUGGGAGUCAACUCGGUCUACUUCAACAUCACCAACGCCAGUACCUUGGCUUUCUUGGGUCCUCCGACCGAGUUACUCGGCGAUAAACGCAGGCGACCGGAGGACUUUACGGUCGUCCCCGAGUGGGUCGACUAUCCUUCCAACGUUGCUUUUAAGCAGCAUGAGAUGGUGAGCCACUGGGAUUGCAUGGACGAUGAGGUCUCCGAUUUUCAGAGACUCGCGGGUUCGAUUCAAGAUUGUAAUUUUGUGACUAUGCGGAGCUGCACCGAGUUCGAAUCUGACGCGGUGAGUUUGCUCAGGAAGAUCUACGGCAAACCCGUUGUUCCACUCGGGCUGCUUCCGCCUGGCUCAGCACCACAUCAGCAUGGCGUCGCUAACGAUCGAGGGGAUGACAAGUGGGAAGUGUUGAGAGAGUGGCUCGAAAAGAAAUCCGGGUUGCCCUUUAUUUGGGUGGUCAACAAUCGCCCGUUGGUGGAGGGCGUGUUGGGCUCCGAUAUAAUUCCACUCGGGUUUGAAACACGAGUAGAGGAUCGAGGCUUGGUCUUGAGAGGUUGGGCCCCACAACUUAAGAUUCUAGGUCAUAUUUCGAUCGGAGGUUUCCUAACUCAUUGUGGUUGGAGUUCAGUUGUCGAGGCACUAGGGUACGGGCGGGCUUUGAUUUUGUUUUCGGGUGCUAAUUCCGACCAAGGGUUGAUCGCGAGACUAAUGCACGAUAAGCAGGUCGGGUUGGAGAUACCGAGGGACGAGCAAGACGGGUCGUUUACGAGUGACUCGGUGGCCGAGUUGAUUGGGCGAGUGAUGGUGGAGAAAGAAGGUGAGUCCAUAAGGUCAAAUGCACGGGCCAUGAAGGAGAUAUUUGGCAAUGUAGAGUUGAACAACAACAAGUGCUUGGACGAGUUCACUCGGGUCCUUGAAACCUGGCCCAAAUAA